AUGAGUUCUCGCACAACAAACGGCGACGAGAACCCCUCCGGGCCUAUUCCCUCAGACGAAUAUUCACACUUCAAGAGGAGUCAUGGCCGAUUCAGAUUCAAGUCAAGCUCGUCGCGGGGCUUGAAGCGCCGCGAUAAAUCCGAAGAAGACGAUCCUUUCCACACUUCUUCGGGUCAUUCAAAACGUCAUCGUACAAGAUCAAUGUCGCGCACUAGUGCGCGUUCUACUUCCUCGAUGAAGGGGGCUUCUUCGACAUUCGGCUUUGAACAAGAGAAAACUACGAGCACAACUGCGGAUAUCUCUGCGACUGCCGAGAACAAUGGCGGUACGAGAGGACCAACAUCCGACACAUCACAUACCGAUGAGAAACCUCCAGAGCGAGACUCACCCUCUUAUUCUCGUUCACCCGAACGUCACCAUAAACACCGCCAUCGACACAGUCACAGUCAUCGAGAUCGAGACCGAGACCGAGACCGAGUCCGAGACGACCGGCAUCGCUCUCGAAGAUCCAAACACAAAUCAUCCCCCGGGGACUCCCACCGAAAGCAUACCAAUGAACCCUUCCCCCAACGAGGGGCCCCGCUCUCCCCCAACGCCGCCUUCCGCGAAUCCCUCUUCGACGCACUCGGCGACGACGAAGGUGCCGCAUACUGGGAGACCGUCUACGGACAGCCAAUCCACAACUACCCGAUCCCCGAGAUCCCGCGGGGUCCGGAUGGAGAACUCGAACAAAUGACCGAUGAAGAGUACGCGGCGUAUGUGCGGUCUCGAAUGUGGGAGCGCACGCGGGAAGGAAUGUUGGAAGAGCAGGAAAGGCUGCGAGAAGAGCGUCGGAGGGCGAAACACAGGGAUCGUGGGGGUGACAAGGCGCGGGAACGAGAUGCGUUCGAAAGGGCGAUGGAGGAAAGUCUUCGACGGGGUGCGGAGAGGAAACGGAGGAAGAAUUGGGAGGCUGUUUGGAAGGAUUACGUGGCUCGAUGGGAGGAGAUUGCGAAAGUGGUUGAGAAAACAGCAGCGACAGCAGCAGCAUCAGCAUCAGCAUCAGCAUCGACUGAUCCAACAGAAUCAAUAACAGAACAGCCGUCAAAAGACGUGCAACCCCCUCGACUACAAGAUCUACUCUUCUGGCCCGUUGAGAGCGGCAAACGGCGUGACGUGAAUCCAGACUCGGUUCGAGAUUUUCUCCGCCACGCGCCCUCGGGAGAUCUCCUGUCUUCAUUGAAAGCAGAGCGAGUACGAUGGCAUCCCGAUAAGAUCCAGCAUCGGUAUAGUGUACUUGGACUGGACGACGACGUGAUGAAGAGCGUCACCGAGGUGUUUCAAAUCGUUGAUCGAAUGUGGAGCGAACAAAGAGGGCCAGCGUGA